AUGAAGCAUAAAUUAUCGAUUUUGCUUGUCAUUAACCUUCUCCUCCUGAUAACCUUUGGCGAUGUGAUAAAGGGGGAUAAUCUUAUUAAUAAAAGAAAGGAUAUAUGGAUAUCUAGAUUUACUGUAGGAAAAGGAACUCCCAAAAAGAAUGAAGAUUUCAAUGAUAAAAAUAGGGAUAAGGAUAACAAGAAAGAUAAAGAUGAUUUCCUAACGAGCGGCAACAAUAAGGACGAUAUGAACGACUCCCGCACCAUAAUGCUUUUGAGAGAAAUUUACGAAAAAGACAACCAACUAAGUAUCAUUAGCAGAAAAAAGAAAAAGUAUAAAACGGCUACCUUCACCAUGGGUACUCUAUUAACCGUAAUAGCAUUACGUGCCUUAGCGGACCUAGCCGCGAAUGGCAUUUUAAAGCUCAUCCAGAAGGAAGAAAGUAUCCUCGGUGGACUAAUGUUUGACAAGUGGAGGUUUAACAAAUUAAAAAAAAAUAAUUUGCUUUUUGAUUAA